UAAUUCAGCCUUCCUUUGAUUUCUUUUGUCUACACUUUGUGUUUGUCUCUGGAUUAUCUCUGCAGUGUAUAUACACUGCCAGGACCGGCUGUCACUGGAAGUAUCCUUCCCCAUUUGUCUUUUCAUAAAACAUGACCCACAAAGGAUUAGGAGCAAGCAGAGGAAACACCAGCCAGCCAGAAGAAUUUAAGGUUGUUAUUGUUGGAGACAGGGGUUGUGGGAAAACGUCGCUGAUCACAGUUUACAACAAAGGAGACUUUCCAGAGGAACAUAUUCCGUCUGUGUUCGACAAGAUUGUUGUCAACACAAGGUACAGAGGACAACACUUUCGACUGCAUCUUUAUGACACUGCAGGCCAAGAGGAGUAUGAUCGCUUGCGUCCCCUCUGCUACCGGAACGUAGACGUGGCACUGAUCUGCUACGAUGUCACGUGUCCUUCAAGCUUUGAUAACGUCCUCGUGAGGUGGUACCCUGAGAUGCAGCACUUCUGUGUUGGGGUGCCCAUUAUUCUUGUUGGGUGCAAAGCAGACCUUCGCUCAGACAUAGUCCUGAUGAGGAAACUCUGGUCACUGGGCCAGAACGCUAUCACGUAUUUUCAGGGUGAAGAGGCCAGAAGAAAAAUCAGUGCUGUGCUGUACCUAGAGUGCUCUGCCAAAUGCAGAGACAAUGUGGAUGAUUUGUUCAGGGAAGCCACAAAACAAGCGCUAAUGGCAACGAGAGUGCAGGACGAAGUCAGCGAGAGUGGGAGUACGUGUGCCUUGUUGUGAUGCAGCUCAUGACUUUGACUGUCAGUGUGAGCUGCACUCAAGCUCCAUGUCCCUGCAUUUCCUGUGUGGUUUUCCUUUCGAUGUCAUAGUUUGAGAUGUGUUUUAUUUAGAUUAUAGCGUGCACUUGUCUGCUUUUCCUGCCAUUUUUAUACAUGUAAAUAUUCAUUUAAAAAUGCAAAAGAAGUAUAAAAUACAUCUCACAAAUCAUGUAAUUUUUUUUUUAUUAUUCUCAAACUGGCAACAAAAAAAUCUUGUUGACUCUUUUUGAUGAGUCACUAACACCACACAUAAGCAAAACUUACAAUACAGUACUUACUGAAAAUUCACUUUAAAGCUGUGCAUUGAUAAAAGCAUUGUAACCUCUCUAUAUACAGUAACAUACACUUGGUUAAAUAAAUAAACCACAACAAAUAACCAAAGUAACAUGGCUUCGCUGUUCUGUUUUUGAAGAAGGCACAAGUGGUAUUUCCCAUCAGAGGUGUCCCAGCAUGUGCACAGUUUACCUGAAUUAACCUACCUUCAUUUAACUGAUACUGCCAUAAUGACACAGAAUUACAUUGAUAUAAACACUCAGUUAAUUCAAAAUCACAUGAUAAAAAUGCCAAAUAUUGACCAAAAGCUGAUAUAAAACAUGCAUAUAUUCUCAAAUAACUUCAGUGUCAUGUUGAAGAACAGAAAAUUUUAGGGGGGCAUUAUAUAAUGGGAUAUAAUGCACUCAUGAGAAAAUAUUGUUAUGACACUAUUGUGUACCAAUGUUACAGUAUUGUCAAUAAAGAAAAUGACAAAUCCCAAGUAAAAUAAUUCAGCAAUGUGCCACAGGACAAUGAAAACACAACCCAUAUCCACGCUUGACAAAAUCUGUAACCUAAUGUGUGAACAUGCUCAAGCUUGUAAACUACGAAAAGUACAAAACAUACAAACUUACACACAUCUGCAAUGUGUUCAUGCUUU